AUGGCUGGGGAAAUAGUCUAUGCUGAUUUAAACAUCCGUGGAGAUUCGUCCCUCACCAGCCGACCCCAACCUCCUCACCACCUCAAAUGCCAUCUCUUUCCCCGCUGGCAUCAGCUGGCUCUGAGGGUCAGCUGGGCUGCAAACAUCGUCCUGCUGGCAGCUAUGAUGGCGCUGAGCAUCUGGGUUUUUCAGGGCCCCUGCAGUAAAGCAGAGACCGGCGCAUUGGCGUCGCACCUAAGACGGCAUCUGUGCGACUCCCCCCAGAGCAGCUCAGCAGGGCCCCCCGGGUGCAGACUCUGUCCCCUGAACUGGCUGCUGCAUGGGGACAAGUGCUACUGGCUUUCCAAAGAGAGCAAAAACUGGAACGAGAGUCGUGAGGACUGCUCAGCGAAGAGCUCUCGAAUGCUCGUGAUCCAGGACCAGCGUGCGAUGGAAUUCAUAAAAACCCUCACAGAGGGGAAAUACCCAGUUUGGAUUGGACUGCACCUGACCACCUCCAAGGGAAACUGGACGUGGGUGGAUGGUUCCCUGUUAAAUCAAACAGGGGUCUCACUAUCGGCCCCUGACACUGGAAACAGCUGUGGGGUGUGGAAGGAGAAUCAGAUUCGUGGUGAAAUCUGCAGUGGUACCUUUAAAUGGAUUUGCCAGAAAGAAGCUGUCCUGAUAUAA